UGUGAACAGCAGUUCAGUCGCGAGCGGCGGCGGGAGUCGGACGUUCCGCGCGGUCGGCGGCGGCGCGGUCGACGACCACCUGUCAGCCGAUCCGGGAGUGCUGUCCGUCGGGUCAAGGCUACUGCGACACGGAUUCCGAGCGAUGACCGAUCCGGUGGUGGUUGGUUACCAUCGCAGACAGCAAUUUUUUGUUUAAUAAUAUAUAUUUCAUUAUAAGCCGCCAAAGUGCGACGCCGCGUAAGUGCUACCUAGUCGAUUUUGCUGUCUUUAUUUUUAUUUUAGUAUAAACUAUAAAUUAAUAAAAUAACAUGAUCAUAAAUUAAAAACAAUUUUGGCACAGUUAUGCUGAUAUGAUUACGAUAAUAUCUUGGUUUGGAGAUUUAAUUUUCAUCCUGAUACCAGUGUUCGCUAUAUGCUGACUGCCAAUUAAAUGUUGUUCUUGCCAACUGCUAUUCAUUGUUCAAGAAUUAAAUCUGAAGUCAAUAAAUUCAACCCAACAGAUUCAAAAACAGAAAUUUUUCUUGUUUAAAAAGAGAAGUCAGAAUACUAUCAAUUCACAUAGGACACAUACCUAAUAUAGUCUAUACUUUACUCUCUAACUACUUUUGAUUUGUAAUGAUCAUCAAAUUAUAUCUGACUAUAUGGGAAUUCCAUAUUUUCUUACGAUACUAUCAUUUUAUUACAAAGAAAAGGACCAAAUGGCAAAAUUCUUAAAGCAGCUAGCAGUCUACAAGGAGUAUUUAUAUUUAUUAUAUUCGUGGCCAAGCGCAAAAUUAUUAUGGACUUAUGGGAAAAGUUUAGAGGUUCAAUGGAUCACAGGACAAAAUUGACGACGGGUUCUUGUUGCCCACGGAUGGCAGCCUUUACCUUAUCGAUAAGACCAGCUUGUACCGGACACGGAAUAUUCACGCUGCUCGUGUACGUCAAACUGUCUUACCUCCGGAACUUCCACGGCUACUACCUCAUGUGCUAUGAGGCCUGUCUGCUGGUGAUGUUCGUCUGCGAAAUAACCGACUUAAUGACACAGGACGAUAUAAACAGCCCGUUGAGCAUUCCAUUCGAUAUGUCUUACAUGUUUUUAUUGAUAAGGGUAGACAAACUUAUUGAAAAUCUUGAAUACAAUUUUCAAGACUUAGAUUUAAAUAGAAAAAAAAAUUAUGAAUUCUUAAUAAUUCAUAAUAAUUUGCUAACUUUCAUAUUUUUUCGUAUUUUGUCAAGAUUUCAAAUUACACUUUUGUGCAUUUGAAUAUUAGAAUAUAUAAUUCCUAGAAAAUCCUAUACAUUAAGAUGACCAUAUACCCGUAUAUACGUAGUCCACUUCUUAUAAACCUACAAGAUACCACAUUUGUGAUCAGCUGAACCAAUUUAAGUUACCUAACUUGUGAGCCAAAAAUAAAUUCAUGCGUGUGGCGUGAGGUAUGGCUACGGGAUAAGCCUAAGAAAUCGUUGUGUUGUUUGUUGAUGGAAACAUAAAUGGUACCAAUUACUGCAUAUUUAUUAUUGUUAUAGUGUAAACCUUUUCAUAAAAUAAAUUUUACAAUUUUAUGCCUUGGACUGCUAUUUUUGCUGUCAUAACCAGUGUCGUUUUUAUGGUUAUGGUGGAGGGCCCAACUCCCUGGCAUGUGUGAGUGUUUAAAUUCGAAGUACUUAGGUAAUUCUAAUAGUCAUCAAAACGUCCACUUUUGAUAAGCUAUACCUAAAUAAAAAUUAUUUCAUAACAUACCUAUUAUAAUAUGGAUAUGAAG